AUGGAAAAGGUUGCACACCGCUUGCUCGAUUUCAAUGGCAAGAAUUACCAGAGACGUGGAUAUUCCGUCAACCACUACCAAGGUCCAAUUAAUGAUCCUGAAAUACGGUUGUGGCUGAAUCAGACGACCGAUUACUGGCUGAGAGACUUUUCUUCAAUGCAACGAAUUAUGUACCCAUAUUCCCCCUACGUGGCUUGUGCGCACAAAAUCUGGAACAACCAUGGACAGCGGUUUGCUAAAGUGGUCUGCGUAUUUGAAGACAAACGGCGCCCCUGGGAACCUUUUAUGCCGCCACCAACAGGAAGCCCGUGUCAACACAACGAAAACUGUGUGAAAUUUGGCUGGAAUUACGAAUGUGCGGCCAGCCUGGGUCUCUGCUUUGCUCCAAGUCAUUCAACUGGUGCUAUUGCCUGA